CUUUAAUAUUCAGUAGGAAACAAGUUUCUGGAGUAUCAGUAGGAAACAAAACCAGCAGAAUAUACCACGCUCAGAGUGACACCUACGCUACCCAUCCACUUCCGCUGCCGCUGCCUGCCUCCGCUGAAAUGUCCGCCGAAACGCCGAUCCGAUUCGGAAUUGUGGGCUGCGCCGAAAUAGCCCGGAAAGUGUCGCGGGCCAUAACUCGAGCCCCAAACGCGACACUCUACGCCGUCGGAAGCCGUUCUAUCGACAAGGCUACGGCGUUCGCCAAGGCCAACAAUUUCCCUCCCACCGCCAAGAUCUACGGCUCCUACGACGCCGUUCUGGACGAUCCCGACGUUGACGCCGUCUAUGUCCCGCUCCCCACCAGCCUCCACAUCAAGUGGGCCGUCCUCGCCGCCCAGAAGAAGAAGCACAUCCUGCUCGAGAAGCCCGUGGCGCUCAACGUAGCGGAGUUUGACAAGAUCGCUGAGGCGUGCGAAUCCAAUGGGGUGCAGAUCAUGGACGGUACCAUGUGGAUGCACCACCCCAGGACUGCCAAGAUGUCCGAAUUUCUCGCCGAUGCUAACCGUUUUGGUCAGCUCAGAACGAUACACACUGUCUUUACAUUUCCUUGUGAUCCUGAAUUUUUCAAGAAUGAUAUCCGGGUGAAGCCAGACCUUGAUGCUCAUGGGGCUCUUGGGGAUGCAGGGUGGUACUGUAUAAGAGCAAUUUUGUGGGCCAAUAACUAUGAACUGCCAAAAACUGUAAUUGCUUUGCGGGACCCUGUGCUUAAUGAAGCAGGCGUGAUUUUAUCUUGUGGGGCGUCUUUGCAUUGGGAAGAUGGGAAAGUGGCAACCUUCCACUGCUCUUUCUUAUCAAGUUUGACGAUGGAUAUAACUGCGGUCGGUACAAAGGGAACUCUGCAUGUUGAUGGUUUUGUUAUCCCUCAUGAAGAGAAAGAAGCCGCUUUUUCUGCAGCUUCACAAAGUGGAUUUGAUGAAUUUGUCACCUGUUGGGUUCCAUCACCAAGUCGUCACAUUGUGACCACAGAUCUUCCGCAGGAGGUCCUCAUGGUAAGAGAGUUUGCUCGUUUGGUAGGGGCUAUUAAAAAUGGUGCAAAACCUGAGAAGAAGUGGCCAACCCUUAGUCGGAAGACACAGAUCGUACUCGAUGCUGUCAAGGCAUCAAUUGCCAAGGGUUUUGAAUCCAUUGAUAUCGCAUAUUAACCGAGACUCAUCUGGUAUGUGUUUUUCAUCUUAUCUUUUAGCUGGGGCGUUCUUGUAGUGAGUAAUAAGAUCCUCAUUGGCUCAGAGCCUCAUGAACUCGUCGUAUUGGAACAUUAAUGUUGAAAUGUAUGGUAAAUGAAUUAAAUGUAAAAUAAAAUGGCCGUGGCGCAGAUUGUGAGUGAAGGUCAAA